CUUACCAAAUGUUUGGAAAAGUGCGAGGGCUCCCCCAGUCAGCUCACUCUCAUGUUACUCUCCUACAUGUCUUCUGGUCAACUGCCAUCAUGAACCUGAAACUCCUCUUCCUUUGUCUCUUCUUAGCGGUGCUCUUCAUACCUGCUGAAUUGAAACAUAAACACGACAAACAUCGGGACUCUUCGCAUCCUGGAAGACAUGGCAGACAUCCAGAGUCUUCAAGUCCUGAAAGACAAGACAGACAUCGGGACUCUGCACGGCCUGAAAGACAUGGGAAACAUGAGAAAAAGAGACCAAAAGGAAGGUUUAAAGAUAUAAUUGAGGAUGUCGUCUUUAUUAAGGUCGUGGAUGAGGAUGAUGAGGAUGAUGAAAAUGGUCAUUCAGACUGGCUUGAUGAGUUUCUGGACCUAGACGGCCAGUGCACCCCAAAUCCUUGCCUUAACAAUGGUGUGUGUAAGGAGAAAGGCAAGAGAAAGUUCAAAUGUGACUGUCCCAAACCUUACAAGGGAAAAAAAUGCGAGAGAGGUCCAAGAAUUUGUAAAAGAGGUCAAUGCGGGUAUGGCGAAUGUGUACUGACUUCAACUCCUCCGCACUAUGAGUGCAAAUGCAAGCGACCCUUUCAGCCUCCAGACUGCAAAACUAUUUCAGUUUGUAAUCCUAAUCCAUGUAAAAAUGGUGGCACAUGCGUCAGAGAUGAAAAUGACUUUGACUGCCAUUGCCCCGAAGGGUUCGGAGGACAUUUCUGCCAUGUUGGUCCAAACGACUGCUAUGUGGACGAUGGAGAGUCAUAUCGUGGCAAUGUGAGCGAGACGGAUGAUGGUGAUGAGUGCCUCUACUGGAACUCCCACUUCAUCCUGGCAUCGGGUGUUAAUCCCUUCACCUCCUUUGAGGACAAAGACGGCCUUGGCCCUCACAACUUCUGCAGGAACCCUGACGGAGAGCCAAAGCCCUGGUGCUUUUUCAGAAGAGGCCACAGGUUACUAUGGGACUACUGUGAUGUGCCAAAAUGUCCUGUAUCGACACAUGGGCCGCCGACUGAGGUUGCUCCUACACAGCCUAAACCACCGCAGCCAGAACCGACACAGCCUAAACCACCGCAGCCAGAACCGACACAGCCUGAACCGACACAGCCUAAACCGACACAGCCUAAACCACCGCAGCCAGAACCAACACAGCCUAAACCACCGCAGCCAGAACCGACACAGCCUGAACUACCGCAGCCAGAACCUACUGGUAAGCUGCCAGCAACUGCCAUACCAUCAACUGGGAAGCCCAUCCGCCCUUCUGCGACACCUCUCCCUCCGACUACUGGACCAAAACAGUUUGCCACCUGUGGCAUACCUCAGCCAAAAAAGGCUCUUACCCGAAUCUUUGGGGGUCUGAAAGUCAGUCCAGGAUCUAUACCCUGGCAGGUUUCUGUGCAAGUGAAGCCAACGGGCUCCGCUCAGCCAUUCAGACACGUCUGUGGAGGAAUUCUCAUCGCAAGUUGCUGGGUGCUGACAGCUGCACACUGCAUUGAACCAAACAAGGACAUGCAGGUGCUGGCUGGAAGUCUCUCAGUGAGUAAGCCAGACCCCGGAACUCAGACCAUACCUGUCGAAAGGACUAUUAAAAAUCCAAACUACAGGGUGACCAAUGAAGCUGUUUACAAUGAUAUAGGCUUGUUGAAGCUGAGUGGGACUCCUGGUUUUUGUGCCAAUGAGACCCAGUUUGUGAAAACAGCCUGUCUACCAAAUGCGCCACUGCCUGAUGGGACGGAGUGCAAAAUCUCUGGAUGGGGUGCUACUGAGCAAUCUGAUUAUGGUUCCAGCCACCUGCUGGAGGCCAAUGUCCUGCUGAUCAACCAGGAAAAGUGCUCUGAUCGUUCUGUUUAUGGGAACAUGCUGGACAAUUCCAUGUUCUGUGCUGGCUACCUGGAGGGAGGGGUGGAUUCCUGCCAGGGGGACUCUGGAGGACCAUUGACGUGCAUGCAGAACAACGCUAAUGUUGUUUAUGGAGUGGUGAGUUGGGGAGACCAGUGUGGGAAGAAGAACAAGCCUGGGGUCUACACACGGGUCACUCAUUUCCUGGACUGGAUCAAGGCAAAUACUGAAGGAGCAAUUCCUUGAGCAACCUUUGUUUCUCACUAAUAUGCCCGCCAGAUCUCCAACCACUACACACUGUACGCUUUUCCUAAAAUGUAAUCAAAUUAUAUGAUUAUUCAAACUAUUCAUAAAUGUACUGGAUAUUAGCUGGAUUGUCUUAUCAGUUACACAUAAAAGAUGGAAAAAUCUGAAAUCCGCUGUUAUAACAUAAAUGAUGCAUGCAUGGAAAAAACCCAAAGGCUUGAAUUACUUUUUUAAUUAAGCACAGUGUGUUUGAGUGGCUGUAUAUGUGUGAAACAAAGAAUGGAAAAGAAAAUCUCACAAUAUAAGUAGCUAUACCAUGUUUCCUCUGGAAAAUGGGGCAAGUUGCAUCACUGAACUGAAAAUGUCCUAAAGUUGUGGCAGAAUUAUUACAUGAUGCAAAUAAAUGCUUCUUCUUUCUGA